AUGAGAUCGUAUCUUGUUGCGGUUACUUUUAGUCCCAUUGUAUCAUCUUUAUUCAUAGAUACAUCCAACUACCUGCCAUAUCCCCCAUCGUCAGAUCAGCCCUCAUCCAUUUUCUCCAAUGCUACAACUACAAUACAAGACCAACAACAAUUUCCCUAUACUUUUCAAUAUAGUAAGCUUUACGGUAAGCAAGUGGUUGAAUGUAUGAAACAAACCGAAGUUUUAUUUACUAGUAAAGUGUCAUCAUGUGCUGCUGACACUGCUUUGUUGGCCAAUCCUCCUUCACCAUUGGUCUAUAAUGAUACAGCACUAGAUUGUCAGUGUUUAUUUAUGAAAUAUAUUGAUGACAACUGUUUCGAUAUUGGGCUAAAUGAUAACGGACUUUGGGAAUUAGAAAAAUUGGACUACCCCGUGUGCAAGUUUUCAACUUGA